GACCUGUAGUCACGUGAUCUUCUUUAUUAUUGAAAAUGGCGGCGCCCAUUCUAUCCGCCUGUUAUCCGCGAACCGUUUAGGAUGUGGUGUAGCAUAAAUCUGACCGAUUAACGUGUAAUUGAUUCGUGUGGCGUGGUAGUGGUAAGUCGAUAUGUGACAUACUUCCUGGCAUUCCGGCUUUCCUUCAUGAAAGUGGCUCAGUAAACGUGAAGAGACGCGACAUUCGUCCAGUCAACUAAAUGUCGAAUACAAAUAUCGUCUGCUAAACGGAUCGAACCGCCAUGUCGGGACUGUGGGCUAAGCUCACCCGCAAUCCUGCGUCAGCGUACGUAGCAGUGUGUGUGAAGUGUCACAGUAGCGUCAGGUAUGGGCACGCCGUUGAAGAGAAGGCGCGCGACGCAGAGGUCGGCGAGGGAGGACGCAGAGGAAAGCACGUGUACAAGACACUCUACCCCUGGGGCUCGAAAGCCGAGUUCGUUGAACAGCUGAAACAGACCGUCUGUUACAACGAAGAUGGACUCGUGGUGCUCAGCAAACCUUACGGUGUUCCCCUCACCGUGGACUACACACAGCGUGGGAGAGCCGUGUCCCUGACUAAGCGGCGGCACCACGUCACCGGGUUCGGGGAGUCGCCGUACAGCCUGGAGGAUGCGCUGGAGGGCCUCUCGCAGCACCUGAACCACAAGCGCCUCUUCUGCAUUAAGUCCGCGGAGAGGUAUGCCAGUGGGCUGACGCUGCUGGCGGCAGAUGAGGGGGCAGCCGAAAAAGCGAGGAGGGCCCUGCUCAGGGCCAAGCCGAUGCUGCUGCCCUACAUCACCGCAUGGGUCAUCGUCAAGGGCUACCCCACCCAGGAGACCAUUCGGGAGAGGGUGGGCAUGAAGUUUGUUCCUGUCGACGAGGAGGAAAAACAGGCGGUCAUCGUGAGGGACUUUGGCAGUGCGUCGGUCAAGAAGGGUACUGUGAAGCCCGUCACGGUGGAGUGCCGGACGCUCGCCAAAAACCCCACCCUCUCCGUGAGCCUGCUCGAGAUCGCCACCACCUCAGCCCAGUGGCACUUCUUCCGUGCCUACUCGGCCAGCAAGGCCUCGUGCGUGCUGGGCGACCUGAGCUAUGCUUCACACGUGGCCAACGUGCUCGGGAAGCCCCUGCUGCUGUCCCCGGGGGCGGCGGCCGCCUCUACUCCACAGUCCCUUCCAGAGGCGGUGUGCCGGCGGCUGGAGGUGGCAGAGGGUACCAGAGGCCACCGCAUGGUGCCGGCCAUGGUGCACUACCGGUCGCUGCUCCUGCCGCACUACCGGGGCAAGGGCGAGCACCUCCUGUUGGUCGACCCAGUGCUGCCCAGGCACUUUGCCUGGACACUGGACAGGCUGGGACUGGACUCUGGGGAAGCGUCCUCGCAAGCCAUUGAAUAAAGUUUGCCUCUCUUCCAGCGUG